GAACAAAGCUGUUUAAGGAGGAAGGCUUCCCUCACCCUUAAUAAGUGAACAUCAGCCAAAGCUCGUUUGCGGGGGAAGCCUUUUCCUCACCCUUGAUGAGUGAACACCAGCCCUUUCACAACUGACGGGGAUAACCCAACAGACUCUGCUCUUGCUCUCGCAUUUGGAGCCUCGCACUUCAGCGUGACUUCCCAGCUCUCCACUCUCAUCUCUGGUCUGUUCUGCUAGUCUCCGUCUCCGUCUCCGUCUCACUCGUAUUUUGUCUGAUCUGCUGGUCACGCCAUUUCCUCGCUCCGUCUAUGUCGUGUCUCGGAAAAUUGGUUCUCAAAUUUUGGAGCUGAUUCUUCUUCUUCUUCUUCAGAAAUUCAGUUGAUGCUGCAGAUUUCUGGAUCUGCUUUGUCUUAUUAUUCUUCAAAAAUUUCUUUCUCUGAUAGACGGUGCUGUCUUUGAUCAGUUGUAUUUUCUCUUGAGCGUUGAGUUCCAGUGGUUCAUGUUUCGCGUUAUCAGUUCGUUGAGUUCGAUUGAAGAAUUCGUCUUCUAAACGAGCCGGAGUUUCUUGAAUUUUUGGUGAUGGGAAAAAAAGAUACCUCGAAGAUGAACAUCGCCAUCAUUCAUCCCGAUCUUGGCAUAGGUGGAGCAGAAAGAUUAAUUGUUGAUGCUGCUUUGGGACUUGUGUCCCAUGGACACAAUGUUCAUAUUUUUACUGCACAUCAUGACCAAUCUCAAUGUUUUGAGGAGACUCUUUCUGGUGCCUUUGCAGUUACAGUGUAUGGUGCUUUCCUACCGCGGCAUAUUUUCUACCGGCUCCAUGCCAUAUGCGCAUAUCUACGGUGCAUUUUUGUUGCUUUUUGUGUACUGUUCUUGUGGUCUUCAUUUGACAUUAUACUAGCUGAUCAGGUCUCUGUUGUAAUUCCAUUGAUGAAACUUAAGAAGUUUUCAAAGGUUGUAUUCUAUUGCCAUUUUCCAGAUUUGUUGCUGGCUCAACACACAACUUUUGUUAGGAGGAUGUAUCGUAAACCUAUCGACUUCAUAGAAGAAAUAACAACUGGAAUGGCAGAUUUGAUCCUUGUUAAUAGCAAGUUUACUGCAUCUACUUUUGCAAAUACAUUCAAAAACCUUCAUGCUCAGGGAAUUCAACCAGCUGUUCUUUAUCCAGCAGUCAACAUAGACCAGUUUAAUGAACCCAAUGCUUUUAAGCAUAAUUUCCUCUCCAUCAACCGAUUUGAAAGAAAAAAGAAUAUAGAGUUGGCAAUUUCAGCCUUCGCCAUGGUACGCACUCUUGAAGGCAAUGUUCUUCAAGGCCAGAAUUUGGACAAUAUUUCCUUGACUAUUGCAGGUGGCUAUGAUAAUCGCCUGAGGGAGAACAUUGAGUACUUGGAGGAACUCAAGGGCUUAGCAGAAAUGAAAGGAGUCUCUAAUCGGGUUCAUUUCAUCACAUCCUGCUCAACUGCAGAAAGAAAUAAACUUCUCUCUGAAUGCCUCUGUGUUCUUUAUACACCAAAGGAUGAACACUUUGGCAUUGUUCCCCUGGAGGCAAUGGCAGCUCACAAACCUGUUAUCGCAUGCAACAGUGGGGGCCCUGUGGAGACAAUUAAGAAUGAGGUGACGGGGUACCUCUGCGACCCUACGCCACAAGAGUUCUCUUCGGCAAUGGCUAAACUCAUUCGAGACCCCAAGAUGGCUGAAAAAAUGGGUGAGAAUGCCCGGCAGCAUGUAACCGAGUCAUUCUCAACUAAAAUAUUUGGCCAGCAUUUGAAUCGUUAUCUCAUUGACAUUGCCCGGGCGAAGAGCGAGUGAACUAGGUUGAAACUGGCCUGAGGAAGAACAUGACAGCAGCUCUGCAUGAGCACAAGAAGGGUUUACAGGGCAUAGUUCAACAAGGUCCUUUGUUAGAGUAACAGCACUGUUAAAUAUAUAUAUAUUGAUCAUCAGUUGCCAUCUGGAUACAUAUUUGGUUAAAUGGUCUCGGACCUUGAGACGAUGUGAUUUAACUUUUGCAGUUGUUAGUUUCGGUUUCUUUGGCAUGGAAUAGAGUAGAUCAAGUUAUGGUGCUUAUCCUAGCGCUUACAGUCACAAACUUUAUCCUAGUCUUUCUAGUUUAGAAUAAAGACUGAAAUAGAAGGAAAAAUUAUAUGAUGAAUCUGCAUAAUUGGAUUUUAUUUUAUUUUUGCA